GCGGGGUGCGACCGAGCGGAAGGGGAAGUUGGCGCCACUGGGUCCUCCAGGACUCUGUGUCGGUGAGGACUGAAUAGCGCAUAUCUUCUAGGAGAGAACCACUUUAUAGCUCUUCUCCACACGAAUUGCAAACAGCCGCCCGCGCGAAGCCGCCACGCAAGCUCACUGCCGUCAAUACGUCAGUACGCCAGGACGCAGUACUGAGGGAUGCAAAGGCCUUUGCCAGCCGGAAAAUAAGCCAGGAUUUAGGAGCAUCCGUUCCCGACGAGCAGAAGGGAAACCUCAAAGCUCAUGGAACAGGAGUCCGCCUUCCAGGUUCACUCAGGACACGACGAUGGAGCACCUGUCACAGCGAGGAGACUCCGCGGCAGGGGCGGGGUUUCUGGGUCUGGGGGGUGCCAGGCCGGGAGCGCAGUAGGGUCCCCAGGGAGAAAAAGCAGAAGCGAGGAAGGAAAGAGGACGCGGAGAAGCUAAGGGACCUGGGGCGGCAGGGGCGGGGAAGCGAGAAGGAUUUUAGCGGAAGUGGAAAUGGGGGCAGCUGAGGGGAUGAGGGGCGGGGUGCGACCGAGCGGAAGGGGAAGUUGGCGCCACUGGGUCCUCCAGGACUCUGUGUCGGUGAGGACUGAAUAGCGCAUAUCUUCUAGGAGAGAACCACUUUAUAGCUCUUCUCCACACGAAUUGCAAACAGCCGCCCGCGCGAAGCCGCCACGCAAGCUCACUGCCGUCAAUACGUCAGUACGCCAGGACGCAGUACUGAGGGAUGCAAAGGCCUUUGCCAGAAAUGGCAAGUCUUUUAAAGACUUCACCUGUUCCUAUAAGGACAAAAUUUCUACAUCAAAUAGGAUUGUCACUUUAUAAUACCUCUCAUGGCUUCCAUGAGGAAGAAGUGAAAAAAAAACUUCAGCAGUUUCCUGGUGGAUCUGUUGACCUCCAGAAAGAAGAAAAUGGCCUUGGCAUUCUUACUCUGAACAAUCCAAGUAAAAUGAAUGCCUUCUCAGGUGUUAUGAUGCUGCAGCUUCUGGAAAAAGUGAUUGAGUUGGAAAAUUGGACAGAGGGGAAAGGUGUCAUUGUCUAUGGGGCAAAAAAUACUUUCUCCUCAGGAUCUGAUCUGAAUGCUGUGAAAGCACUAGGAACUCCAGAGGAUGGAAUGGCUGUAUGCAUGUUCAUGCAAAACACCUUAACAAGAUUUAUGAGACUUCCUUUAAUAAGUGUUGCACUGGUUCAAGGUUGGGCACUGGGUGGAGGAGCAGAAUUUACUACAGCAUGUGAUUUCAGAUUAAUGACUACCGAGAGUGAAAUCAGAUUUGUCCACAGGGAGAUGGGCAUAAUACCAAGCUGGGGCGGUGCUGCACGACUGGCUGAAAUAAUCGGCAGUAGACAAGCUCUUAAAGUGUUAAGCGGGGCCCUCAGACUUGAUUCAGAAAAAGCUUUACACAUAGGAAUUGCUGACGAGGUCUUGCAAUCUUCAGAUGAAACUGAGUGUCUCAGAGAGGCACGAGAGUGGCUACAGCAGUUUAUCAAAGGGCCACCAGAAGUAAUUAGAGCUCUGAAAAAAUCCAUUUCUUCAGGCAGAGAGCUUUGUUUAGAGGAGGCAUUGCAGAUGGAAAGAGAUCUUUUAGGUACAGUUUGGGGUGGACCUGCCAAUUUAGAGGCUAUUGCUAGGAGAGGAAAGUUUAAGAAAUAGUUUUAAAAAAAUAUGUACUCUAAGUAAAACUCCAAUGAUUAAUACGUAUAGAAGUUAAUAUUAAAUGUGAAUGUCACAACUA